ACUCAAUUGGGAAAUGAUGGAAAAACAAAGAACAAAGGCCUUCAUUGCCUCAAAUGAUCAAGCAUUUGCAUCUGCAUCUCCAUCUCCAUCUCCAUCCCUUCCUAACCCAAGUGUUGUUCAUUCACCAAUUGAAUGUUUUUGUAUAUAGAAGCCAAACUCAUUUGAUUUGGGUGUGUUUUUCCCUGUUCCACUUGCAAACAACCACCUUCUUUUAGCCCCCACCCUCCCAAUACGAACAAAUAAUUGUGUAGCUGCCCGGGUCACUCACAUAUAGAGCAAUGAGUAGUGAACCCCAUAGCUCAGAAACAGAAAGCAGCUCAAACUCUUUCUCAUCCAACCCACCCUCCCCAUCCUCCUCCAAACCCCAAUCCCCGGACUCCAAAAAAAGCAAGCGCAUCCGCGACUCCUCCUCCUCCACCACCAAUGACCCAGUCUACCGCGGCGUCCGCAUGAGAAACUGGGGAAAAUGGGUCUCCGAAAUCCGCGAGCCCCGCAAGAAAUCACGCAUAUGGCUCGGCACUUUUCCCACCCCGGAAAUGGCCGCCAGAGCCCACGACGUCGCUGCGCUCAGCAUCAAAGGGAAUUCCGCCAUACUCAAUUUCCCAGAGCUGGCCAGCUUGCUGCCCCGCCCGGUCUCGCUCGCUCCGCGUGACGUGCAGGCUGCGGCGGCCAAAGCAGCCCAGAUGGUCCACUUCGACUCGCCAUCGUCGUCCUUGUCAUCGCUGGUCUCAGCGAUGGACUUGUCCAAGGAGUCGGAGGAGUUGAGUGAGAUCGUCGAGCUGCCGAGUUUGGGGACGAGUUACGAGUGGGAGAACUUGAAUAAGGAGUUUGUGUUUGUUGACUCGGUGGAUGGGUGGGGGAUGUACUUGCCGCCAUGGUUGCAGAGUGUGGAAGACUGUGGUCAAUUGGCGGAGCCAGAGAGCUGUGCAGGCCUAUUAUGGUAAUGUAAUAAAUUAGUGCUGUACGUGCUUUGUGAAUGCGAGCGAGCGUCUUAUUUCAUCUGUCCUUUUUGCCCUUCUCUUCAUUUCAGACUCGGUUUUAAGCCCUUUUACUUUUUCUCUGAAGGGUUAGAAACUUUCGAUCUCCGUGUUUUCUUUGUGUAAAACCUCGUCCUGGUCAAAGUGUACAUUAAUUAAUUUGGUUGCCUUGGAUGGUGCAAAGUGCUAACAGAUAAGCCUCUCUAGUCUCUCUCUCCCUCCAGUAGAAUGUAAAAUGUAGAAUGUAGCCUCGAACGCACAAAGAUUCUCAAACUUAAUUUCAUCAUCCUUGAGAAAAUCUUGUACGUUCUCCGGUCGAUCCUUCUGAAUAAAAGGUUUCAUCUUGUCCCCCA